AUGUCCACCGAAGAGCACGACGUUACCUUCGAGUCGGCUGAUGCCGGUGCCUCGACCACCUACCCUAUGCAGUGUUCCGCUCUGCGCAAGAACGGUCACGUCGUCAUUAAGGGUCGCCCUUGCAAGAUUAUCGACAUGUCCACCUCCAAGACUGGCAAGCACGGUCACGCCAAGGUUCACUUGGUCGCUACCGAUAUCUUCACUGGCAAGAAGCUUGAGGAUCUCUCUCCCUCCACCCACAACAUGGAUGUCCCCCACGUCCAGCGCCGCGAGUACACUGUUCUCGACAUCGAGGAUGGUUUCCUCUCCCUCCUGACCGAGGACGGUGACACCAAGGAUGAUUGCAAGGUUCCCGAGGGUGAUGUUGGCAAGAAGCUGCAGACCCUGUUGGACGAGGGCAAGGACGUCAACGUCAUCGUCCAGACUGCCAUGGGUGAGGAGAUGUGCAUUGAGGCCAAGGAGGCCCCCAAGUCCGGUUAA